CUCCUCCUCCUCUUCCUCCUCCUCCUCCCUCGCUCCCACAGCCAUGUCUGCUUAGACCAGAGCAGCCCCACGGCCAACUCGGGCAGCCGCCGCCGCAGAGCAGCAAGGACAACCGCCGCCGCCAGCGAGCGAUGACAGGAGUGUUUGACAGAAGGGUCCCCAGCAUCCGAUCCGGCGACUUCCAAGCCCCGUUCCAGACGUCCGCAGCCAUGCACCAUCCGUCUCAGGAAUCGCCAACUUUGCCCGAGUCGUCGGCUACCGAUUCCGACUACUACAGCCCCACGGGGGGAGCCCCGCAUGGCUACUGCUCUCCUACCUCGGCUUCCUACGGCAAAGCGCUCAACCCCUACCAGUACCAGUACCACGGCGUGAACGGCGCCGCCGGCAGCUACCCCGCCAAAGCUUACGCCGACUACAGCUACGCCAGCCCCUACCACCAGUACGGCGGCGCCUACAACCGCGUCCCGAGCGCCACCAGCCAGCCAGAGAAAGAAGUGGCCGAGCCCGAGGUGAGGAUGGUGAACGGCAAACCAAAGAAAGUUCGUAAACCCAGGACUAUUUAUUCCAGCUUUCAGCUGGCCGCGUUACAGAGAAGGUUUCAGAAGACUCAGUACCUCGCCCUGCCCGAACGCGCCGAGCUGGCCGCCUCCCUGGGACUGACGCAAACACAGGUGAAAAUCUGGUUUCAGAACAAAAGAUCCAAGAUCAAGAAGAUCAUGAAAAACGGGGAGAUGCCCCCGGAGCACAGCCCCAGCUCCAGCGACCCUAUGGCGUGUAACUCGCCUCAGUCUCCGGCGGUGUGGGAGCCCCAGGGCUCGUCCCGUUCGCUCAGCCACCACCCUCAUGCCCACCCUCCGACCUCCAACCAGUCCCCCGCUUCCAGCUACCUGGAGAACUCAGCUUCCUGGUACCCGAGCGCGGCCAGCUCAAUCAAUCCCCACCUGCCGCCGCCCGGCUCCUUACAGCACCCGCUGGCGCUGGCCUCCGGGACACUCUAUUAGACCGGCCGCUUUCUCUUGCUGUCUUUUUUGGGACUACUGUGUUUUUGCUGUUUUAGAAAAUCAUUUUUUUAAAAAGGAAUUCAUAUGGGGAAGUU